CAAUUACUCAGAUAUAUAUCAUUGCAUGCCUAAGGUUAGACUCAGAUCAGCAGAGACAAUCCUGCAGAUAUGGCCUCAAAUUGCAGCAUCCUUUAUGAAGAACUGCUCCUGUGUUCAAUCUGUCUUGGUGAGUUUAAUGAGCCUGUCUCCACUCCAUGUGGACACAACUUCUGCAAGGGUUGCAUCAUGCAAUACUGGAACAGUCUGGUUAGUGGACCUGCACAGUGUCCUCUCUGUAAGAAAAAGUUGGGCAACAAACCAAGGCUCCAGGUCAACACAGAGUUUAGAGAUAUGGUGGAGCAUUUCAACCACAUGAGAGUCAAGGACUUGCCUAAGAUCAUCGCCAAACCAGGAGAGGUUACCUGUGACAUCUGCACCAAACCAAAGCUUAAAGCCAGCAAGACGUGCCUGGUGUGCUUGGCCUCGUAUUGUGAGAUACACUUGGAGUCACACCAGAACCUCAACAAGCACAAACUGAUUGAUCCUGUGUCCAAUCUGGAGGACAAGGUGUGCAAAAAGCAUGACAAGAUGCUAGAGCUCUACUGCUGCACCGACAAAGAGUGUGUUUGUCUGAUUUGUUUAAAUGACAACCACACAUCACAUAAGGUUGUUCCACUGGAGCGCGCCUUUAAAGACAGAAAAGCCAUUUUCGACAACUUGACCUCAGAGUUGAAAGAGAUGGAGAACGUUAUGUCAGGGAGUGUUAGAAAAAUCAAAGAUUCAGUUCAGAGAAGCAGGGACAUGUCAGUAAAUGACAUUGAACAACUUGUACAAGUUUGGAGAGCUCUAGUGGCUUUUCUUCAAAGAAAACAGGGAGAUUUAGUUAAGGAAAUUGAAGAGAAACAGAAAGAAUCAGAGAAACAAGCUGACGAUCAGAUAACUUUGCUGGAGCAAAAACUUUCUGAUUUGAAAAGAAGGAGAUCAGACAUUGAGAAGUGUAUACAGUCAGAAGACUACCUCUACCUGCUGCAGAGCUGUCAGUUCAAACAAAUACCCGAGAACACUUAUCAGUUUGAUCAACUUACUGAACAGCCCACCGAUGUAAAGAUAGUGAAACAGUCAGUGGCUCAGAUUAAAGAGAGAGUCAUUAAGGAGGUAGAUAUGCUGAUUAAUAAGGUAAGGUCAUCUGAUUUCAGUGACCUACCUGAACAGUCAGAUGAAGAUGAAAACAUAAGGAUGGGAAAUUCUGUCCAAGACGUGUGGCGUCCACCGAAGGACAGGCUCAUGAUGAUUCAGCAAUGCAAUGCAGUUAAUGUGACUUUGAACUCCUAUAGCGCACACCCCUUGCUUACUGUAUCUGCAGAUGGGAAGACACUGAGCUUUAGACAGAGUCAGCAGUGGUUUCCCUUUGUUUUUCCCAUGGAAAAUUUGAAAGUUUUGGGGCUGUUUUGGGCCCAAAGGGAAAGGUUUUUAAUUCAGGGGGGUUUACUAUAA